CUCCGACAGGCACUCGGCUUGAACGCCUCCACCUUAAUCGCCUUAGCUUGUGAUCGUAUCGUAGUGCGCACUCGGUGACUCAGUGUGUGAUAUUGUUCGCAUGACGCAAAGUAAUUUGAGGAGAUGAACGGGAGUACGACGACGGUGAAUGGAGGCGCCGUCAGUGGUACCAACGGAGUCCUCAAUGGGAUCGGAACAGCUCCUCGUACUGCAACUUUAGGAACUCCCAGUAGCUACGCGUAUACAUCAACAGGAUCGCUGCUGGGUCGUGGAGGUUCAGCUAGGCCUGUACCACCACCGACUCUACCAAAAUACAGUGGAUCGUUCAGUGCUGGUAGUACGACCGGUUUACGUGAGCGGGACCGUGAGGGAACAGGAGGCUCGCACCGUUUGGCAAGUUUAGAAAGACUUGCUUUACGACAACGAAUUAUAGAGCAAAAUUCAAAUAAUCAACUGACGAGCAGUUCAAUUUCCAACAGUAGUGGUACUAAUGUCGGGCCCACCUCUGCAACGGUUACCCUUACCGACACGGCUACGUUACAAAGUAAACGCGAGCUGUUCUUCAAAUCGGAUUCGGUGAGCGGCAGCGUUAGUACUACGGGCCCACCGAUGGGUGCACCACCAGUGCCCCCGGUGGCGCCAUCUGCUCUCAAAGAUGCUCUAUCAAAACGAUCAGCAACAUUACCAGACCCACAUGAGAACAAUCAUCAUGAGACCAACGGCACAGCUAAGCUCAGCAACAGCGUGUCAGUGGAUGCGCCUAAACCGCCUUUAUCAGCACCGCCACCGACCCCUGCGCCGCCUGUGCCUACGUCUGCCCCACCAUCAGCACCGGUACCACUCAGGAGUACAGAAAAUAUUAUGAAGAAACCUGAGCAUCCACCAGUCGCACCAAAACCAGAAUUACCUAAGUUAGAAAAGCCAAAAACCAAAGAAUUAGAUGGAUACGUCGGAUUUGCAAACUUACCGAAUCAAGUAUAUAGGAAAGCGGUUAAAAAAGGAUUCGAGUUCACUUUAAUGGUUGUAGGUGAAACAGGUUUGGGUAAGUCAACUCUAAUAAAUUCACUAUUCCUGACGGAGGUGUACGACAAAGAAAAAUACCCUGGCCCUUCACUUCGGGUGAAGAAGACUGUCGGCGUGGAAACGAGCGUGGUGCUGCUCAAAGAGAACGGUGUUAACCUUACGCUCACAAUAGUGGACACUCCUGGUUUUGGAGAUGCCGUUGACAACAGUAAUUGCUGGCAACCGAUCAUUGACUUCGUUGAAUCGAAGUACGAAGAAUUCCUAAACGCAGAGUCACGAGUCACACGUAAAGCUGCGCCCCCUGACACUCGCGUCCACUGCUGUUUAUACUUCAUCGCUCCCAGCGGGCACGGACUGAAGCCGCUCGACGUAGAGUUCAUGCAACGGCUCGGAGACAAGGUCAACAUCAUACCGGUCAUCGCAAAAGCUGACACAAUGACACCGGAAGAAUGUAAAGAUUUCAAAGAACAGAUAAUGAAGGAGAUCGGUCAGCAUAAGAUCAAGAUCUACGAUUUCCCAGAGAGUACGGGCGAGGAGGGCGAAGGCGCGGAUGUGACGCGGGCGCUUCGGGGGCGGGUUCCGUUCGCUGUAGUCGGCGCUAACACAGUUAUAGAACAAGACGGCAGACGAAUCCGCGGCCGCAAGUAUCCCUGGGGUAUCGCGGAGGUGGAGAACCUGGAGCACUGCGAUUUCCUGGCGCUCCGCAAUAUGGUGAUCCGGACUCACCUUCAAGACCUGAAAGACGUCACUAGCUCCGUGCACUACGAGAACUAUCGGUGCCGUAAAUUAGCUGGACUCUCACAUGACGGCAAACCUCAUAGGAUUAAUUCCAACAAGAAUCCACUGGCCCAGAUGGAAGAAGAAAAAAGAGAACACGACCUUAAGAUGAAGAAGAUGGAAAUAGAAAUGGAACAGGUGUUCGAAAUGAAGGUGCGCGAGAAGCACGCCAAACUGAAGGAGUCCGAAGCGGAAUUGAGUCGGCGGCACGAAGCGACACGUCGUGCGCUUGAAGCGCAGGCGCGCGAACUGGAGGAGAAACAACGAGCGUUGCAAGCGGAGAAGGCCGCCUGGGAACGAGAGACUGGCCUCUCGUUAGACGACCUGCGUAGACGCUCGCUCGAGGCCAACAGCAAGGAGACUGUGGACGGCAAAGACAAGAAGGACAAGAAAAAGAAAGGUUUGUUCUAAAUAAUCUGUGUCGUCGGCCUCGCACCCACCGUAAUUUGCGUGACUAACGAAUACCCGACACUAGCGACACUAACGUACUGCGGCCGAGUGAAACAACACCGCUCUACGUAAGCCUAUGUUACUUUAAUUUAAAUUUCGAAAUGCAAUAUUAAAAAAAGUAUUGAACAGUUUCAUGUUACUCCUGUAUAUCGUAUGCAGUGUAUUGAUGAGAUUAUUACGUUUCUUAUUGUACAUAUCGUGUUCGAGAUUUGUGCAGAAACAUAGGCCUCGCGACAUGAACACUGAGCUGUAAUUUUUAAAUGUUCAAUUGUGAUUUUUCACCGAUGAGAUUUCUGUUUUAUAUAUUAAUUUUGAUAUGCCUAAUUCUGGGGUUUUAUAGUGCCAUUUUCAUUGUUGUGACUUGUGGUUGCUGUAUUGUACACUAAUUGAAAUUCUUGUAUCGACGUGUUGCUAAUAUUUUUUGUGUUUGGCGAGUUAAUGUGUAACUCACGUUCGAAUAUUUUCUUUAUUGUAUCAGAGGUGUCCAACCUUAAGUUUAUGUAAUAGGUAUUUGACUGUGGUGAUUUUAUUUAUUUAUUUAUAAACAAGCGGCAUAAUCCGGCAAUAGAUUCAAGGUUAUUUAAUUUUUAAAUCUCUUGUAAUCACAUUAAUGACAGUCAAGUUGGACAGCCCUGGUUUAUAUCUUUAAAACUUUUGUUCUAACGUAGUGGAUUACUUUAUGUAUUAAAAUCUAUUAAUGACAGUUUAUUUUUGUAAAUAUUAUCAACUAAUUAACAGGUACGUACUAUUUAUACGUAACAAUAACAUAUGUUCACGGAAUUUCUUACGUUUUAUUCAACAAUUUUCUUUGAAAUGUUAAAUUUCAAAUCGAGUGUAUUAUGCAAUUUUCAGAUUGGUCUUUUAAGAGUGUUGCAACGGGAAUAGCAAUAUAAUAAUAUGGACGGAAGUCUGAACACGACGCACCACACUAGCUUAGCGUGUAAUAGUUGUACGGUUAACUAGUAUAAUGGAACAACGAUUAAUAAAGACUACAGAACAUUAUAAUAAAUGUCUGGCAUUAAGAGGAGAUUCCAAUGAUUUUAGGCGUUGCUUUCGUCUGUUUAUUUGUAGGGGUUUUUCUAUGACAAAGCAUUUACUAUAAAUAUAAGUGAGGCCUAAUUUUCUUACGGCUUAUGUUUCCAAAGGCAAUUUUGUAUGACAUUUUUUUAUAUAUUAUUGUGAAUGUUUAAGUUCUUUUUUUUAUCAGUUAUUUCAUUAGAGUUAAAACGAUCAGAAGCACAAACGACAGUUUACGAUUCGACGUUGACGUCCACAAAGAUGCCAAAUAGCUUGUAAUGACAUUUAUUUAUUUGAAUACAAAAAAAAAAGUUAUCAAAUUUGAACAAUUCUAUAGAUAUUUGCCUAGACAUGGCGAAUAUUCCGCUCAAAAUCUAUGUAAUAUUAAAGAUAUUUAAAUAGUCUUUACUAAUAAAUAUAGCAUACAUAAAAAACCAUACAGAUAAAUUAUUUAAAUUAUAUAAAUAUGUACAUCUUUGAAUCUGCUUCUGUUAUAUUUAUAAGUAGAGAUACACUUAAUGUAGUUAAUUCGUGAUUUAAAAAUAGGACUACACACCAUUCUAAAUUUUAAAAUGAAAUUAGAUAAGAAAUAUUUUUUACUUCUUUAUCAUUACAUUUAAAUUUAAUACAAAUUUGGCUUGAUCGUUGCAUUCGGAUAACGUUUCGAGUUAUCGAAUAGGCGUUUGAUUGGAUAAAUCGAGUCAUAACAUUUUAAAAUAGACUUCAAAAUUAAUUUUGAAUGACGAUUUUGAUAAUGUGAAUCGUUAAUUAACAGCAAUAUGACUCGAUUAGUAUACAUUUUAUUGUGCUUAGUGAUAUAAAUACGCUCAUAGCUCAGUUGUGACAUAGUCUAGCCCUAGCUAGGUGUUAGCAUUUCUUUGUUGUAUGGUAAGGAUUUGGGGCGAGAUCACUAAUACACAAAAUUCAUUGUCAUUAUCAUGAACGCUUCCCAUCUUUAUUAUCUGAAAAAAUUAGAAAAAACCUGACGUACUGUGAUUUAAUUUCAUUUAUUUUAAGUACUUUAUGCUUCAAUAACAUUCAUAUAUUAAGGUUUUAAUACUCCCAUUGCUGACGAUUUUGGCCAGGAUUAGAAAUCAUGUAAUCAGAUUAUUUCUGUAAUGAAAUUGUCAUUGGAAUUGCACACACAACACGUUUAUUCCUACUCUCCAUUAAUUAUUUAUGUAAAUAUUUAUGUUUAGUCAUUGUUUAUAUGAAACAGAUAUAUAAUACAAGUUACUCUACUAAUACUUAUGUAAUUUAUGAGACGUGCAUAAUCUUUAUUUAAUCAGCAUGCGCCGCGGUUAAAUUUUGUAUUAUUUCCUACUCUGCAGUAUUGACUUCCGCGUUAAAGGUUAGGAUUUUAGUAGUAAGAUUAUGCUUAAUUUUGUAUUUUUAUGUAGGGCCUCGGCCCAAUUUACCAUACGGUUUAUUUGCGUAGUCAUUACAAUGGAUAUGUGAUGUUUGAUGGGUGAAAGUUCAGACGAUGUAAUAUAUUGUACCUUUGAAUAUAAAUAAAUACGUAAUAUAUAGGCUGUCUUGUUUGAUUUUG